AGGGAUGUACCGAGUCCCCAGGUUCCCGACCUUGCGACCCGUGUAGCAGGAUGCGUGUUGAAUGCAUCGCCUGCCCAAUGGCGAUUCCCGGUGCUGUCAAGAGAUCGGCUAGGGCCCGGGAGUGUUUGCUUGAAGUUAAAAGGCUAGCUGAGCCUGGGCGUACACGGAUUGCACGUCUCCCAAAGACUCGCAGGCUUCUCCUAGACCUGCAGCCUAUCCUUGGAGAUUCGACGAGUCAAAGCGCGACUGAUGAAGGGAACCCCACCGAUCCCUUGGCGAUGACAACCCCACAUAUACUUGGGAACCACGAGCCCUCUGGCCUGCCCCAUGCUUUCCCGUCUACUACUACAGUCUUCCCAGCGAACUACAUUAGCUCCGCAUCAGCUGUUGACGAGCCGCUCAAUACAUUUCCAAUUGGGUCACCUGUGCGUGGAGCCAACGUCAGUGAAGAAUCCUUGGAUCCCCGAGCACAAACCCUAUUCCCUCUUUCUGACCAUGAUCUAGGGGGAGGGUCUACUUCCAUCGGCCCUACCCUGCCUGACAUGAUGCCGUCCUUCCCUCAAUUUGUCCCCGACUCCGAAAUGGCUUUUCCCCUUGACAAUUCGAAUCCUCUGUUGUUGGACACAUUGCAUCGUGCCGCGAUCCCCGAUCAGCCCGCCUGGCCUUCUAGACCUGGUCCCUCUCACGUAAUUGCUCCACCAUCGGUCGUUGCCGCACCCAAAAUUCCUGAUUGCCUACAGGACAGGCGAACAGAGACGAACUUGAAUGAGGACGUCGUCUUUUGGCUUCGAGGCCUGACUCAGAGGCUGGGAUAUCACCUUGUCCCUUUCUAACUCGAUGUGGGUAGUGGUGGAUCAAGAGUGAACCGCAACGCUAAGUUGAUUCCCCGCGCCCCAAAUGUUCGGAAUUGCUGUGGUAACUUCGUUGGCUCCGUGGUGUGUGAUUGGCUGCGUAUGACAAAUGGUCUUCCGAUUCGUGCUUUCUGUGUUUGUUUUGCCAUUUCUGUAGAAUCGGUGACCUUUCUCGCUUGUUUCGUCGACCUAUAGUUCGUAUUCGUUCCUAAUACAACUUUUUCCCGAGGGACCCGAAAGAUUCCCUCCAACCCAGCAAGACGACAAUCGUAAGUAAGCGCCGAAAUCCUUCAGACGUUCGAUUAAAGCCACGAAUCGGGUCGAGUUGCAC